AUGGGCGAGGGGGUUAAUGAAUCGGAGGUUCUACACUUCUACCAAACCAUCGGUUCGGAAAAUGACAAUGAAUUCCCUCUCACUUCUAUUUACUACGACCCGUCCACGAAACAUGCCUUCAGGAUCAGCUCCAUCAAAAAUAUGCUGGUUAAUAACAACAAAUAUUCCACCAAAAAUAAUGCAAAAACGAAAUUUGUAAGGAGAAUCGGUUUUCGGAGUAACGGUUGUACUUGCCAGAGUUUUUUAAAUUGCGGAUGCUGUUUAGGAAUAAAUAUGAAUUUGUUGAAUUUCAACAACGAGGGUUGUUUGAAUUUUACUUAUAUACCAGAUGACUUUGCUAUUGAUAUGAACGUUCUUAUGAAUAAACAAAACAUAUAUUCAAAUACUUUUUCAGCAAAAAACCCUCCACCUCUUUGUAUACCCCUUCCCAUUCCUUACAUUCCUCUUCAAGUUGAAGCAUGUGCCAAAUUGUACGAUAUCUACACGCCUGGUUCAAACUUGCACAUGUGUUUAGAUUUUGAGACUAGAAUACAAAGUGCCACUGUAUUGGUCCUGCAUUUUGAUUGUAUGAGAAUGGGAUUAGAUGGUGUAGCUUUAUUAAAACCAGAAGAUGGAGGUGGCCUAGCUCCAACUAUUGAAAAUGAAGACGAAGAAAUUGAAAAACAUCAAAAAUCUUGGAGACCACAGAAGAGAAAAUUGUCAGGUGGAUCUCGGGAAAAACAUUCUGAGACUGGAAAAGAAGCGAAAACAUCAGAAGAUUAUGAGACGUAG